GUCGGGUUUCUCCCCCGCGAGCGAUACAUGUUGAGAUAUUCUUCGUCUUCGUGUGGUGUGACUUGUGUUUGAUUCUUUGCCCAUAACGGCUGCUGAUAGUAGGCUCCAUUGAUGAUGAUGCAAAUUAGGCCGUUCUUCUCCAAGUUUAACAUGAUUAUCAUAUUAAACCAACAAGCAAGAUCCUAUGCUCGUGACCCUUUUCUUAGUAAAGUUGCUCACUACCUGUACCGUGCCAAACUAAUAGACUCCAUUCGACUCGUUCUCCGAUCCAAUUGUCCCAACUCAGUCUCCAGUCUUCUAAACGAUCGUCUCCUUGACUCUUUCGUGGUCACUCAAGCGCUUCGUUCUGCCCCCUCUGCAGAUUCUGCCAUUUCUCUUGUGGAAGAGCUUGAAAAAGUUCAAGGUUUUUCACACACCAAGAACACCCUCCAUGCCCUGGCCACCGUGCUUGCCAAGUCAAACCGAGCUACAGAACUCAAGUCCCUCAUUAGCGCCAUUACUGCUGGGAGAUUCGGUAAUGUUCAUGUCAGCUUCAUGAACCUCAUGCAGUGGCAUGCUGCAGCUGGGGAUCUCGAGUCAGUUCUUGGGGUUUGGGAUAAGUAUAGACUCACUGCCAAUAAGCGUGCCUGCACUGAAUCAUAUAACAUUGUCAUGGCUCUGUACGCGAAAAAGGGUGAGGACUCUGAGGCGGUGAAGAUUUUCUACAGGAUGCUUGAUGAAGGGGCAAAUCCAAAUUGCAGAACUUAUACAGUUAUGAUCGAGCACCUUGUAAAUUCCGGGAAAUCAUUGGCAGCAAUGGAGGUUUUCAAAAUACUACCUUCGAUGCGGAUCAAACGCACUUUGAAACAGUACUCAAUUAUGAUUGAGAGCUUCAUUUACCUCAAACGGUUUGAAGAGGUCAAAACCUUGCUCAAUGAAAUGCAAGUUGAUGGAAUAUUGCCUAGUCGAGCCAUGUGUUUGUCGCUGCACCAGCUUGUGCAAGAAGGAUUCCUCAAGGAUGACGAGCUCUUUAAAGAAAGUUUAUCAGAUGAAAGAAUCAAGAACAUAGGGUAUUCUAUUGACAGUAGUGAUGAUGAUGAGGAUGAAAACGAGAAUUCAAGUAUUGCUUGUCAAUAUGAGGAUGGAAAACAGUUAAAACCCUGGCUGGACCCACGGGCUUUGGCAGUUGCCUUGCAGAAUUGGGGUCCCAGUGAGGUAUCAGCCCUUGAGGGUGCAAACUUUGUGUGGACAAGAAGGCUGGUCUGCAAGAUCCUAAGGAAUUUCAACUCCCCAGAAACUGCUUGGAAUUUCUUUUGUUGGGUUGCUUAUCAACCUGGAUUUACUCAUGAUAUGUACACAGUACAAAGAAUCAUGACUCUUCUUGCUCGUCAUGGAUGCACAGAAUUGGUUGAUAGGCUCAUCUCCAAGAUCAGAACAGAGGGAAUGAGACUGCCAUUCAGCACCAUAAGGCUAGUAAUCGACUUCUAUGGAAUCUCAAAGAAAGCUGAUGCUGCUCUGAAGGUUUUCAAUGUUGAUCGAAUACUUUGUGGGCCCAUAUCAAAUUUUCAUUUGAUGAUCCUCUAUUCCUCUCUUCUAAGAGCACUAACCAAGUGUGGAAGGAAUUCUGAUGCCCUGGAAACACUUGAGGAGAUGAUUUUGAAUGGAAUUUUCCCAGAUAUUCAGACGUUUUCUGGUCUAAUGCAACAUUUUGCAAACCUUGGAGACAUAAAAACAGUGCAGAAGCUCUUUACAAUGGUUAGGCAGAGUAGCUUAGAACCAGAUGCUUAUCUGUAUAAGGUACUAAUCCAAGGUUAUUGCAAGUCAGAAAGAGCAGCACUGGCAUGGAGGAUAUUUGAAGACAUGAAGAGUUCAGGUUUGAUGCCUGAUUCUGACACCAAAGAGUUGCUUGUGAAGAGCCUUUGGAAAGAAGGGAGAAGGAGGGAAGCUGCUGCUGUGCAAGAGGGUUGUGAGGAAAUAGAUGAGGUCCUUCCGCUUGCAUUGCGUGGUCAUGAAUGGUCUGUCAGCUCUGCAGAUCUCUCAAGAGUUUACAAUAUCUAUUCAGAAAGUUUUGCAUUGUUCAGCUAGAGUUAUAGAUAUGUAUAAGAGAUGAAUUCAUGGUACUUCAGCCACAUUGGCAGACAUCUUUUAGAAGGUAAAAGUCAUGCCCAACUUCGCAAACCGGGGAGGAAGAAGGGAUGUUGUUGAAGAGAGUUGAGGGGAAAUAAAUGAGGUCCAUCCUCUUGCAUUGCACGGUCAUAUAUGGUCUGUCUCUUGAAUCAAUUGUAGGAGUAACGAUAAAUGUGUGCAUAUUCACUUUUUGGCAGGAUCUGAGUUGUUAUCUAAAUGAACACUUGAUAUAGGCACUAUUAAGUUUGCUUAGUUAGGUUUUAGAAAAAUGAAAUUUGCUGAGUCUCAGAAUUGAAGAAUCUCUGGUCGAUCCUUGGACAUUUGCAUUUAGAGUCGGCAUCCACCUUUCAGAUUGCUUUGGAAAGGAAAUUGGUUCAUACAAGAGAAAAGUUGCAAGAUCCUUGUGUUAAUAGUUAGGUAAAACAACCAUGAUGCCUUUUGACACUUGACAGUUAACUGUAGGACUCUUAAACUUAGGAUGAAGGUUUUGUUGUAUUAGUUAUUUUUUUGAGUAAUUUCAAUUCCCAACCAAUUUGCCAAUGUAGUGCCAGGCCAAAAAAUCAACACGGCAGUGUUGCAAAUGCAGAAGCACCAAACUCAAAGUAGCCAUUUAUUACAAUUGAUGAUGUUUCAAAGGAAUUCGCAAAA